AUGGCUGAUCUCUUGUUUGCAUCCUCCCAUAUGGGUGCAUUAUUUCCUCAUAUCACUCCUUUGUUCACUCCUCUGUCUCAUUCCAUCCUGGUACCGGCUCGUCUGCUGCUCUGCUGUCGCACUGAUCGCUGGCUCACUUUCGACUUUCCGAUACCCGCGUCAACGGCCUUGAGCUCGCCUAUCAACGGACCCGACCAACCUGUCAUCUUCCCAACUGGACCGGAUGGUUUCUACCUGCCACGCGGAGCAAAUAAGUUGUGCUCUGACCUUCCAGGCACCUUCAUCGGGGUCGAGGAGACGCCGACUCCAUUUCGUGCA